CCGAGUGCUCGCUGAGGCGCGUGAAGAGUUGCUUGCGAGCUGCCUGUGGCGACAAUGAAGACCAGGUUUAGCACCGUGGACAUUCGCGCGGUGGUCGCUGAAAUCAAUGCCAAGUUCCUGGGCAUGAGAGUGAACAACGUGUAUGACAUCGACAAUAAGACCUUCCUCAUUCGCCUGCAGAAGCCCGAUUCCAAGGCUGUGCUACUGCUGGAGUCUGGGAUCCGCAUCCACUCCACCGAGUUCGAAUGGCCCAAAAAUCUCAUGCCCUCCGGCUUCGCCAUGAAGUGCCGAAAGCACCUGAAGUCUCGGCGCCUGGUUGUGAUCAGGCAGCUGGGAGUGGACCGCAUUGUUGACAUCCAGUUUGGCUCGGACGAAGCAGCCUACCACUUAAUAGUGGAGCUUUAUGAUCGUGGGAACAUUGUCCUGACAGACCAUGAGUUCACCAUCCUCAAUUUGCUGCGCGUCCGCACCGCCGAGGUGGAGGAUGUCAAGUUCGCGGUGAGGGAGAGGUACCCCAUAGAAAAUGCCAGGCCUCCGGAGCCCCUUGUCAGCGUGGAGAGGCUCACAGAGUUGCUGUCCUCUGGCCCAAAGGGAGAGCAAGUGAAGAAGAUCCUCAAUCCACAUCUCUCGUAUGGAGCAACCCUCAUCGAACACUGCCUCAUAGAGGCGGGCUUCUCCGGCUCCGUGAAGCUCGACGACCAGUUCAACAUUGUGCAAGAUGCUCCUAAGGUGCUGGAGGCACUUCGGAAGGCAGAGGAGUACAUGGAGAAAACGGAAAGCUUCUGUGGAAAAGGGUACAUCAUCCAAAAAUGUGAGAAGAAGCCAAGUUUGGCACCAGACAAGCAAGCGGAAGAUUUACUGACGUAUGAGGAGUUCCACCCUUUCCUGUUUGCGCAGCACUCGAAAAGCGCCCAUGUUGAGUUUGCGUCCUUUGACAGGGCCGUAGAUGAGUUUUACUCAAAGAUGGAGAGCCAGAAGAUGGACGUGAAAGCCCUGCAGCAGGAGAAGCAGGCCUUGAAGAAGCUGGAUAAUGUGAAGAAGGAUCACGAGCAGCGGCUGGAGGCGCUGCACAUGGAGCAGGAAGUAGACAAGCUGAAGGGGGAGCUGGUGGAGAUGAACCUUCCGCUGGUGGAACGGGCGCUGCAGGUGGUCCAGAGUGCCCUUGCCAACCAGGUGGACUGGACGGAGAUUGGCCUCAUCGUGAAGGAGGCCCAGGCAGCCGGAGACCCUGUGGCCUGUGCCAUCAAGGAGCUCAAGCUUCAGACCAACCACAUCGCCAUGCUGCUGAAGAAUCCAUACAUUGGCUCGGACGAAGAAGGUGAUGCAGAACAAGAAGUGCUGGAACAUCCUGAUGGGGAAGCGCAGAAGGCAAAGAAGAAGAACAAGAGCAAGGUCCAGAAGAAUAAGGUCCAGAAGAAUAAGCCCAUGCUGGUGGAUUUAGACCUCAACUUAUCAGCCUAUGCCAAUGCCAAGAAAUAUUACGACCACAAGCGGCACGCUGCCAGGAAGGAGCAGAAGACAGUGGAGGCUGCAGAAAAGGCGUUCAAGUCUGCUGAGAAGAAGACCAAACAAACGCUAAAGGAAGUGCAGACUGUUGUCACCAUCCAGAAAGCGAGAAAAGUAUAUUGGUUUGAAAAGUUCCUGUGGUUUAUCAGCUCAGAAAAUUACCUGGUCAUUGCAGGUCGGGACCAACAACAGAAUGAAAUGAUUGUCAAACGAUAUCUAAGAGCUGGUGACAUUUAUGUGCAUGCAGACCUCCAUGGAGCAACGAGUUGCGUCAUCAAAAAUCCAACAGGUGAGCCCAUCCCCCCACGUACCCUGACAGAGGCAGGCACCAUGGCUGUGUGCUACAGUGCAGCCUGGGAUGCAAAGAUCAUCACCAGUGCAUGGUGGGUGCACCCACACCAGGUGUCCAAGACGGCUCCCACAGGAGAGUACCUGACCACUGGGAGUUUCAUGAUCCGAGGGAAGAAGAAUUUUCUCCCUCCUUCCUAUCUCAUGAUGGGCUUUGGCUUCCUUUUUAAGGUGGAUGAGCAGUGUGUGUGGAGGCACAGAGGUGAGAGGAAGGUGAAGACACUGGAUGAAGACAUGGAGUCUGUGACGAGCAGCACAGCAACCCUGCUAAUCGAGGGCGAGGAGCUCGUAGGAGAUAACAGCAGUAAUGAAGGGGAGUGUGAGGAAGAAGGUGGGGAAGAUGAGAAGGAGGAGGCUGACAGGGAUGCGGUUAAAGGUGGGGUGGAUGUGGAGGAGCAAGAGAGUGAGGAGAUGAGUUUGAAGGAGCGGGAGAAUGUGCAGGAGGAACCUGAGGAGGCCGAGCAGGAGGAAGAGGAAGAGGAGGAGGUAGAGGAGCAGCAGGAAGGCUCUGAGAGGGAGGGAGGGAGCAGUGAACCCUGUGUGAAGGCUGAAGAGCUCCCUGAGGAGAUGAGCUUCCCUGACACCACUAUUCCGCUGUCCCACCUGCACUCCAACAGGGGGUUUGGCAGUUCUGCUGCAUUCCGAAAGGAGCCUCUCACUAAGUCGGAUGGAAAUGCGCAAGGGAGGAAACAUCUGACAGCAAAACAGCGCAGGGACAUGAAGAAGAAGAAGCAGAAGCAGGAUGCUGCAGAAGAUCAGGAAGAUGCAGAGGAAGAGCCCAUCCCUGGGGAUGCCAGUCAGUGCAAGCAGGAUGCCAACAAAGCUGGAUCUUCCCAGCAGCCUUUGAAAAGAGGUCAAAGGAACAAACUAAAGAAGAUCAAGGACAAAUAUAAGGACCAAGACGAAGAAGACCGGGAGCUAAUGAUGAAGCUGCUGGGGUCUGCAGGUUCCAGUAAGGAGGACAAGGGCAAAAAGGGCAAGAAGGGAAAAGGAAAAGAAGACUUAGCCCGGAAAGGGCCACAGAAACCAGUGCAGAAAGUGCGGCCAGAGGGGGUUCCAGUGAAGAAGCCUGAGCCCCAGGAUGGAGAGGAAGAAGGCCGUGCUGGAGAGGAGGGGCAGGAGCUGGAUGAAAAGGACGCUGAUGAUGUGGACCAGGAGAACCCAGCAGCAGAGGACGGGGAGACCCUGCUAGCUUCGCUGACGGGUCAGCCCCACCCUGAAGACGUGCUGCUGUUUGCUGUGCCUGUGUGCGCCCCCUACACGGCCCUCACCAGCUACAAGUACAAGGUGAAGUUGACCCCUGGUACACAGAAGAAGGGAAAAGCGGCCCGCACUGCCGUAUUGAGCUUCAUGCGAGCCAAAGAGUCCACAGCCAGAGAGAAGGACCUCUUGCGCAGUGUCAAGGACACAGAUUUGUCAAGAAACCUCCCUGGAAAAGUGAAGGUAUCGGCACCAAACCUACUGGCGGCAAAGAAGAAGUGAAGCUUGUAAAAGUCUGUCGACCCCGGAGUGCGUAUAUUUUCUGUGAAAAGAUGAGUGACGCCACUCCCUGGAUUGCUUUACUGCAGUGCUGGAGGUACACUUGUACUCCAUCAUGAGAUGUGUAUUUCAGCAAAGAGCUAUAUAGUGGAGGAAGGGAAAACACUUCCCCGUUGAAGACACUGCCGUAAAUAAAAGUAAUUUUUGAUUAA